AUGCGUUGCCUUACAGCACUCACAUUCUUUUCCUUUAUCGCUUCGGUUUUCGCAUUACAAAUUGGUCCCUCAGUUCCUUCCAAAGAUGACUUUUACAAAGCACCAGAUGGUUUUGAGAGUAAACCUAAUGGAUCCAUUUUGAAGAUAAGAAAGACACCGUUCCCAUUACGGAGUAUGUUCCUCAAGGUAAACGUUGAGGAUUCAUGGCAGAUUUUGGUUCGUUCUGAGGACUCUUUUGGUGAACCCAACGCGGUGGUUGCAACCGUUAUUAAACCAUAUAAUGCCGACUCAUCCAAAUUGCUUUCAUACCAAACUGCAGAGGACUCUGGAAGUCCCGAUUGUGCUCCUUCGUAUGCUUUCCAGUACCUUGCCAGCCAAAAGACCAUCACUACCGAGGCCGAAAUGCUCUUGAUCCAACCAGCACUCCAAGAAGGUUGGUAUGUUGUCAGUCCUGAUUAUGAAGGUAUGAAGGCAACGUUUACUGCUGGACGUCAAUCGGGUCAGGCCACCUUGAACAGUAUUCGUGGUGCUUUAAAGUCCAGCAACAUCACUGGUGUCGACUCUGAUGCCAAGGUGGUGAUGUGGGGAUACUCUGGAGGAACCAUUGCAACUGGUUGGGCCGCAUCUUUGCAGCCAGAAUAUGCCCCAGAACUCAAGGGUCAACUUUUGGGCGCUGCAAUGGGUGGUUGGGUCACCAACAUCACUGCUACUGCUGAGGGUGUUGAGGGUACUCUUUUCGCCGGAUUGACAGCCAGUGCUUUGGGAGGUUUGGUCAAUGAGUACCCAGAAUUGAGUACUUUGUUAGGCACCUACACCACCUCUGAAGGACCCAAGGUCUUGCAAACUGCUCAAAGUGUAUGCAUGCUCGAUAGUAUCAUUCACUUUAUGUUCAAACGUUACUUCACUGGUCCUAAUAAGGUGUUCACCAACGGAUGGGGACUCUUUGACAUUCCCUUGGUUCAAAGCGUCGUCGCCAAUAAUACACUUGCCUUACACAAAGGCGACCCCAUUCCUGAUAUUCCUAUCUUUGUAUACCAUGGUGAAGUCGAUACAAUUGUUCCUUUCAAAGAUGCCCAGCGUGGAUACACAAACUGGUGCAAUUGGGGCAUCAAGUCUUUUGAAUUUGCAGUGGACCAAACAGCUGGUCAUAUCAGUGAAGUUUGGCAGGGUUCACCAGCCGGAUUUGCUUGGGUCAAGAAGAUGUUUAAUGGUGCAAAACCUGUGGAAGGCUGUACAAGAACAGUGAGGAAGACUAACAAUUUGUACCCAGGAGCUGUGAACUCAAUUGGUGAUAUUAUUCUCACUGCUGUUACCAGUGUGCUUGGUGCACAGAUUGGACCUAAUGGAGAGUUGUUGGAACAGAAUCCAAAGGUUCAACAGCUCAAGGUGUGA